GGUGUGUCCGGUUAGAGCCCGAGAGCGCCGAGCCGCCUCCGCCCCGCUCCGCCCGGCCGGACCCUCCCCCCGCUCCUCCUGGCGCGGAACCGCCCGGGAGCCCGGGCCUCGCCCUGCAGCCCCGGCCCGCUCGGCGGGGAGGAGGGAGCGGCGGGGAGGGACCCGCAGCCGGUACCCGCUGAGCCCCCACAAUAGCCCUGGGGCUGCUGUUGGAGUUCUUGCCGCUGACGUCUCCUUUUUUAUGCUCUUUGGCUCUCCAUGCGAGCCAGAGACAAAUGGAUGCAAUCGCCAGCGGCAGCCUCAAGAGGAAGUUUGAAGAUGUGGAUGUGGGCUCGCCCGUCUCCAACUCGGACGAUGAGAUCUCCAACAGCGACAGCGCCGACAGCUGCGAUAGCCUCAACCCCCCAAGCACCAUGGGCUUCAUACCCACAUCCAUCCUGAAGAGGCAGAAACAGCUGCGCAGGAAGAAUGUGCGUUUCGACCAGGUGACCGUGUACUAUUUUGCCCGGCGCCAGGGCUUCACCAGUGUGCCCAGCCAAGGGGGCAGCUCCCUGGGCAUGGCCCAGCGCCACAACUCCGUCCGCAGGUACACGCUGUGCGAGUUCGCCCAGGAGCAGGAGGUGAAUCAUCGGGAGAUCCUCCGGGAGCACCUCAAGGAGGAGAAACUCCAUGCCAAGAAGAUGAAGCUGACCAAGAACGGCACAGUGGAGUCGGAGGAGGCGGACGGCCUGACCCUGGAGGACGUGUCAGACGACGACAUUGAUGUGGAGAACGUGGAAGUGGACGACUAUUUCUUUCUGCAGCCCCUGCCCACCAAGCGGCGCCGAGCCCUGCUCCGGGCCUCCGGGGUUCACCGCAUCGAUGCUGAGGAGAAGCAGGAACUGCGCGCCAUCCGCCUGUCGCGAGAGGAAUGCGGCUGCGACUGCCGCCUGUACUGCGAUCCCGAAGCCUGCGCUUGCAGCCAAGCUGGGAUUAAAUGCCAGGUGGAUCGCAUGUCCUUCCCAUGUGGCUGCUCCAGGGACGGCUGCGGGAACAUGGCCGGGCGAAUAGAAUUUAAUCCCAUCCGGGUGCGGACUCACUAUCUCCACACCAUCAUGAAGCUGGAGCUGGAGAACAAGCGGCAGGUGAACCGGCCCCAGGCCCUGGAGGAGGAGUCUCUCCAUGGCUCCAGCAACGACUGGCUGGGAACGCAGCCCUCGGAGACGCAAGACUUCCAGGAGUUCAUGGCGGAGAACGAGACAGCCGUCAUGCACCUGCAGACGGCGGAGGAGCUGGAGAGGCUGAAGGCUGAGGAAGACUCCAGUGGCGCCAACAUAGAGAGCUUAGGAGUGUGCAUCCUUGAGGAGCCUCUGGCCGUGCCUGAGGGGCUGUGCCCAGGCCUACCCACGCCUAUCCUCAUUCAAGCCCAGCUCCCUCCGGGCUCGUCUGUCCUGUGCUUCGCAGACAGCACCGAGCAGGCAGCCUCGGCUGUGGGCGACCAGUCCUACUUGAACAAUGGGCCGGUGGUGUACUACCAGGUGGACCAAAGGUCCAUGCUGGGGGUGAAGGGCGAGAGUGGCACGGAGGAGUCAGAGAUGCCCUCUCCUUACACGAAUGAGAAGGAUCUGAGCGUCUUCUCCGUCCCCGUGGCCUCGCUGGUGCCGUGCAGCAGAGCCAUGGCCCCGAGCAAGACGGAGACGGGGAAAGUAGCCGCCUUGUCUCUGGAGCCCGCCCCGCCCCACGAGAGCUGCAGGGCAGCCGUAGCUCCCCCGUUCCGUACAAACGCUCCGUCGUCUGGACCGGAGCAGGCCCCGGAGAGAGUGUGUGAGCUGCCUUCCCCGGAGGAGCGCUCCCUGGGGCCCGCCCUGGCCGUGUGACCCUGCCGGGAGCUUUCUCUGAUGUCUAUUUAUUGACAGAGAUUUUAUCGAGUGGCAGUGGCCGCUGAGGAUUAUUUAAUUGGUAUCGGGGGGGGUGGGGGGGGGAGAGAGCCGGGCUGCUUUGUACAUAUGAUUUAAAAGAAAACCAAUGCAACCAAGCGCUUGUGGCAGUCUCUUGAGGCUCCCUCUUCAGAGAGGGUGGGGCAUCACGUCUAACCCUGGAGGUGCUGCUCCACUGCCAGAUGAGGAAGGCGGCUCAGCUGAGCUCCCUCCCAUUUAUGGAACUGGGUGUCUCCUCCCUGCCCCCACAGGGACCAUCCUAUGUGAAUCUGUGUCUGUCUCCUAUAAGCAAUAGUGCGAAACUGCCUCUUGUUCCUCCCCUUCGAGCACCAGACUUGGCCUGUGGGGCAGCAGGAACGCCUUUCCGUGGUUGCGUUCCCCCCCCCCCCCCCCGUGAUCUCGAACGUGUUUGUGUGGCAGAGUCUCCAUCCUGCUUCUCCUCCCAGGUGAAACUGACAACAUUCCUACCAGGCCGUCUGCUUCAGCACUUGCCCUUGGAACCACCUGUCUGAACCCCACCCCAGCAGCGGAACAGCCUGGGCUCUCCGCGCUCCCCCCGGUAGCUGCCACCCUUACCCUGCCCUGAAGAGACGGCUUUCUCUGGAUCAAUCAUCCUCCACGACUGGUUACGUUUCCUCUUUCGGCAUGCAACCAUUUUAUAAACCAGCACCCAGCUUAGAAUCUCCUGCUCAUCAGUAGCUUUGUCCUGGCCCCCCCCUUACUGCCUUCCAGCACUGCAUCACCUGCCCGUUAUGGGCUUGAUGGAAUCCAGUCUUUUUUUUUUUGUUUGUUUGUUUGUUUUUUUUAAAUGUGCUGAAUGUUUACUGGGCCAUUCUGUGACCCAUUGCCUGUAACUGACACUACAGUCCCUGUGCUGGGCUGUGGCAAACCCUUCUGGGAGCUCCCUCUUUGGACCUGGGCUACUCCAAUAGACUUGAUCUUCUCUGUGGAAGUCUGAACGUUGGAUGGUAAAGACUGGUAACCUGGUGGAGAUGUGGGGGAGGGGGGAUGCCACCUGUUUCCUAAUCAUGUCAAUGUUUUCUGUUUUAAUUGCACAGGAAGUGGAGUGGGGAGGGGGAGGACCAAGAACAUGAUCCACACGCUCACCUAAAAAAAACUUCCUGCCACCCAGUCACUUAAUAGCAACCCUCUGUCCUGGCUCAGUCUAAACUGGAGGGCGAGAGGUUUGCAUGCAAUGGAAUUGCAGCCUUGGGUGACUGGGUGGGCAGCAGCUAUUUCAGUCCUUGGAAGAAACUGGCCCUUUCCCUACUAGGACUGUCUGUGAAUUCAGCAGAGAUUGCAAAGGUGCAAUAUGUUGGUGGCAGAGAAGGUGCUGUGCUCUGGGCUUGCAUCCCAGUCUGGUGCAGGGAGGCACAUCAUCAUCAUUCUAAUAAGCCACAGCAUUUCCCCCCGACUCAGGGGGAAAGACUCAAUCUUCUCAAAACUGCCACAAUUUCUGUCCCAACAGCCCAUCAACCCUGCCUUCCAGGCAGGUAGCGAAAGCACUUUUCUCCCUAACCUUAAGAGGCAUCUUUCCUGCUGUGAUAAAAAGCUGGUACAGACCCCUUCCCGAGUCCCCUCAGUCUCCUGGCCCAAGGAGAACACAUCCAGGACCCAGUUGUAUUUCUCUGCACUGUACUUUCUGAAGGGCCAGGACCCAGCAUGACUGUGGCACUAAACUUCUGCGGAGAGCAGAAAUACCUUUCCCGUCUCUUUCAGACGCGUGGAGCCUGCUAAGCUGCCGCAACAAUCUCGUCCAUUUCACUCUCUUCCAUUACAGAUUUCUUAAGAUCCUUGUUUCCCUUCCCAUAGUAAGUAGCUACAGCCCUUAUUUGUGCUGGAAGGAUACAAAGUAGUCGAUGGUGGGUUGACUACAUGUUAACACCUUGCUGGAUCUCUAGGGUGAACAGGGCUCGUGAGCCCACUGGGUUUUGGUGACUGGUAUUUAAGAUCCACUGGCUGCCUGACUUCGUCCUGGCACAGUGAGCAGUUAGAAGUGAAGGUUGUGUUCAGUAAACUAGCCUUUCCUCUAUGGUUUAGACUGUGAACCUCCUCUGGCCUCAGUGUCCGUGUCUCCUUAAACAUCGCCUGCCUGCUGGGGCUACGACCACAACCCCAUCACCAUGACUGUGAGAAAUGGACAAGAACAGCUCACACUGGUGCAGGUGCUGAUGUUUCUUCUCUCCCCGGUUUGUUACCGGGGUGGGAGGCACAAAUGAAAUCACUAAAUUCUCUAUUUCCAAAUUCCACACUCUGAGCUAUAAAGUUGGGUGGUGUAGAAAAGAUGGGGCUGUCUGGCCCACCCCCAGGGCAGCUGUCCUUUCAAAAGUGGGUCCCUAAAGAAGGCUGCUGAAUCUUGCACUUGGUGCUGCCACAGCUGGGCAGCUCCUGUAGACAGCCCAAAUGCCCUCCCGUUUUUGUUGCCUUAAUUCCACAGCCAGUCCCCUUCCUCUGGGACAGCAAGACACGAAGGCUUUAAAAGUCAUUCGUGCAGUAGGACAGCAGCGGAGCUUCUUACGCUACUGAGCGCUUUAAGCUUCAUCCCUUUGCCGAACUGUAACCAGCAGAACGUGCACUUGAGACUGGAAUUAACGGUUCAUAUCUUUCCUAGCAGAUCCCUUUGAAGCAUUUAGCAGGGAGAAUUCUCUUCUUACCUCCCCCCAAACUUUCCAAGAUGGUGCUGCCAGUGAGUAGGAAGAGGGUAGUUGAACCCACAGGUAAAGACAAAAGCUCUCUCUCCCGUCCACCCCCAAAAUCCCCCAUGGAAUAAUCAUCACCUGCGCCAGUAGGACAACUCCCUUCACUUCACACAGCUGACCUGGCUGUGUGUGUGGAUCAGGUGUUGAAUAACUGUGGAUUGGCCAUUUGCCAGACUGACUCCUCCAUGUAUCUGUAAGGGCUUUGGGCAUGCCGUCUGCUCCUAUGAGAAACAGGGCAGCUCUCCUUUGCGAGGGAAAGAGAGUGAGUGGUUCUGCCUGGUGAAUCUUUGAUACUAAAGUUCCCUUCUUGAUUUGCAUCCACGCCCUUCGCUGCUAUAGAAGCAACUGAAUCUAGGCUGGGGCCUUCGGGUGAUGUGGAAAGACACAAAAUGACCAGAGGCUGGACUGCUUUACAUGAAAUGACAGAAGAAUCCUAGGGCAGCAGUUAGGAUGGGGGCUCUCACACUAAGCAAAGAACUAAUAGGAUUUAAUCUAUUUUUACAGAGGUAACAUGAACAUGCAUUUUGGCCUUUUCCCUCCCUCCUUCCCCACACACACUUUGACACUAAUGCUGGUACCGCACUGUGUCUGCUCCUCUUCUGUUAGCCGUGUAGUAAACCCAACAGCCCAUUUCACUUCUGGUGCUACUGAGCUGUUGCCUGUUCCCGUUCUGAGACAUUUUGGUUCUAGCCCCUGCUCCUCUUCCUAUUGAAAUAGUGACUUCGGUCUCCUUUCACACCCUGUAUCCAGGUGGAAUUUUCAAUGUGAAUCCAAAGCUUGUCAGGUCCUCUGCAGUUUUUUUUUUUUUGACCUUUUAGGUUCUUUUCAUUGUGAUAAUGCUGUAUUUAAAGAGAAUAUUUAAGUGUAAAAAUAAAUAAAUGCUCAAACUUGCA